UGCAAAGCCUCCACCGGCGAAGACCAAUCCGUCCAAACGCCACCGAGACCGCCUGAACGGGGAGCUGGAUCGUCUCACCGGCCUGCUGCCGUUCUCCGAGGAGGUCAGAGGUCGCCUGGACAAGCUGUCUGUGCUCCGGCUCAGUGUGGGAUACGUCAAGGUUAAGAGUUACUUCCAUGCAGCGCUUCAGAAGAGGUCAGCUCCACCUGUGUCUGCGAACGGUAGAAAUGGACAGUCAGUGUCCUUGGAUGGAGUCAGUUUCUCAGAGGGAGAUCUCCUCCUCCAGGCUUUAAAUGGUUUUGUGUUGGUUGUGACAACUGAUGGCACGGUCUUCUACACAUCGCCGACCAUCCAGGACUUCCUGGGCUUUCAUCAGUCCGAUGUGGUCCACCAGAGUGUGUAUCAUCUCGUUCACAUGGACGACAGAGAGAUGUUCAAAUGUCAGCUUCACUUCGCCCUCAACCCCAGCGAGAGCGAUGUGAGAGCAGAAGAUGGGCAGUCCGGCAGUAAAGCUUCGAGCAGCUCUGUGAGCUUGUUGCCUCAGUACAUCCCUCCAGAGAACUCCUCUUUCCUGGAAAGAAGCUUCUGUUGUCGCCUUCGCUGCCUCCUGGACAACACUUCCGGAUUCCUGGCUCUAAACUUCACCGGGCGUCUGAAGUACCUGCAUUUGCAGGGAAACACGGAGGCUGACGGGACGGCGGCUCCUCCUCAGCUGGCUCUGUUUGCCAUCGCCACUCCUCUGCAGCCUCUCUCGGUCAUGGAGAUCCGGACUAAGACGCUCAUAUUCCAGACUAAACACAGGAUGGACUUUGCUCCUGUGGGCAUAGACACCAGGGGGAAGCUGGUUUUAGGAUACACAGAGAUAGAGUUGGUCACCACAGGCUCCGGCUAUCAGUUCAUCCACGCUGCUGACAUGAUGUACUGCGCUGACAACCACCUCAAGAUGAUAAAGACCGGAGACAGUGGCUUCACGUUCUUCCGGCUGCUCACUAAAACCGGACACUGGUUGUGGGUUCAGGCCUCUGCCAGGAUAGUCUUCAAAGAAGGGAGACCGGACUUCAUCAUUGCUCGCCAGAAAGCCCUGACGAAUGAAGAAGGAGAGGAACACCUGCACCAGAGAAGAAAGCAGCUCCCCUUCAACCUCGCCACCGGGGAAGGCGUCCUGUACGAAACGUGGAUGGACGCCUUCUCCAUGCCUGGUCCUCCUGGCUCCUGUGCACUGGACACCACAGAGUCCACGUCAGCGAAACCUCUGGACCCCGCCUCCCUCCUGGGAUCCCUUUGCCGGCAGGACCACUCUGUUUACACCCAGGAACCCAGUUCCCCACUCCCAAUCUUCGACCAGAUAGAGGACCUUGAUUUGGAGCCAGCCCAGUCAUCCUUGGAACAAGCCUUCCUGGACAGCCACGCUCUGCUCAGCGUGCCUGGCCAGAUCCAGGCUUCACAGAAGAGGCCCAUGAUGGGGAACUUCACAUCGGAAGCCAUGAUUGACUCUUUGAAGCAGAUUUUGGGAGAUAUCGGCGAUGGAGGGAUAGAGGGUCUUGAAGUUGAGGAGACAGAGCUGAGGGACUGGGAGAACACCCUCGUUAGGAUGAACAACGAGAGGGAAGACGCAUCAGUGGAGCUAAAUCGCAUCCUGGCCAAUGACGUGUUCUCAUAUGUGGAGGAGGCUCUGAAGAGUGAGGCCGGGUUUGUGCAGGGUUCAGGGAACAGUUCAUCCACUCAAGGACAGCAUCCUGGGUCUGUGUUUUCACAUAAUGAGCAGCCGAUGACGGACACGACGUCAGGACUUGCAGAUCAGACUCUGUCAGGAUGUGUUCUUAACGAUGUCGGUUGUUUGACUGGACUAAAAGGUGCUUCACACGUGCUGACGCCCACACAGUGUCGUAACACUCACCAGGGACACACCUCUCGACUGUGGCCUCCAGGCAGCAGCAGUCACCACUGUGGCAACCAGAUGAUUUCAACACAAUCCUGCAACGCUGUUCAUUCACAGCCUGAAGCGACACAAUGGCUUCCAUCUGUGCACAACACCAACAAUAUCCCCAGCAGGCAUCAAUCUAGCGCGGAGGUGACUGACCAAAAUGUACAAUAUUCACUAAACUGUACUGGUUCCUGGCAGACGAACCAGCCACAGCUUCAGAGCCCCUCAGCGUGGCAACAGCAGCAGCUGCCGCAAAGUUUUCACCAUCACACACUGACACAUUCCUCACACACACCAGGCAGCGGGAACUCAACAGCUCCGUCAUCCCGCCUGCAAAUGCAGCAAUUAUCUGGCACCUGCAUGUAUGAAAACAGAGAAGGUCACAUACCGAACGUUGCUACAGCUCCUGCCCGACAGAACGGGCCUCCCCUGGGACCCACGUGCUCCAGAGGGCCCACACACAUCGCGGGGACGACCAGAAACGCUCCCUUCGCCCUGUCCCAUCCGGGCACGGCAGUCAGCAACCAGGGGAUGAUGCAGUCGUCCUGUGCAGAUGUGGGCAACAUCAGUUUGGUUCAUCUGGGCGGAGAUGGGCUGGGAGCAGCUCCAACAGAUUAUCCUCCGGAAAGUGGAUCAUUACGGUCGUCGUUCUUCUGUUGGAACGGUGACGCUCAGAUCCCCAAAGUUCCUCUGAAUGGCGUUGUUGACCCGUUUGCCUUCCCUGUCCGUCCUGCCGGGAGCAUCAACCUUUCCCACAACACCGGCCCGUAGCCGUCGCCGCCGCCACCGCUGCCGCCACCUCUGUACUGCACUCAGAGACAGAUACAGAUAAUGAUGAGUUUCCCUCCCACGACACUCUAUAUAUGAUAUUUUAUAGACGUUGUGUCUGCUGUGGCUCGCCAAGAAACAUAAACCUUCUCAUUUCAAACUUAAAACAGACUUUAUUACAGAUACUUAUUAUCCUUUUUUUUAACCAUUGACUCUUCAAAUAUUUAUCAAACAACUGUAUCCAGUAGUUCUCUUUUUACAUUAGCUGAAUGGAAGCUGGAUCCAAGAGGAUUUAUUGCAAGUGGACUUUACUGUAAUAAAAUGUGAGGAAUAAAGGACACGAAGGCUCCUGUUCAUACGGAGAACCAUUUCACAGCAGUUUAACUCUUCCUACUGUACAUCACAAUGUGAAUCUUUGUAUCUGCUUCUGUUUAUGUCCUUUUAAUUAGGCUGGUUUUGUUUCCUCCAAAGACAGCGUUUGGACCUUAUUGCUGUGAAACUAACGAGUAAAAUGUGGAACCGUUUCCCAACACUAACGCAGCUUUGUUGGAAAGAAAUGUGACUUUUAAAGUUGCAUUUAGAUUUGCCAAUUAUCUGGCAAUUUGAAAAGAACUACAAUAUAAUUUAGUUCUGUAUCUAAUAAGCAUGUUUGACAUGAAACUCACACAAAGCAGUAUUAAAAUACUGUAACUUUAACUUUAACUCUUGCCCUUAAGCAAGACCCUUAAAUCUCAGUGGCCAGUACUAAAUAAUAAAAUAUAAAAUACAGUGACGCUUUACUGUUCUACCACUUACAUUUAGCAUUUAUGAGUAGUAUAUAAACAUUGAAUAAAUGUCAGUUUGAAGGACAUUUUAAAGGUUUAUUAAUGUUUUAUUUUUGCAUGUAUUAUCAGUUGAUACGCCAGCAGUAGUUAUAAUAACAAAUAUGUGAUAAACACUUAAAAAAUGUCUUUAUAUGCUCUCAUAACUACAUUAUACAGUCCCUCCAGGAACACAAAUUCAACCAAUCCCUGUGAAUUUUGCAUUCAACCUUGCAAUUUUGUCCAAUCAUAGCAACUGUUAUGCUAAUUUGACAAAUCGUUGAGUUUCUCCAAUCAGUCAUAGCAGUCCCCCUGUGAAGCACUGAGCCAGUAACAGCUAAGAAAUGUCUCCAAAUGUCACACUUGCCUCGCUUCGCUGUUGUUUUACUCCUCCUGUCAGCUUCAUCUGUCGAGAUCAGUCUCCAUCCUUCUGGUGGGUGCGAGAUUAAUCCCAGGACCCGCAGUUUUUGUUUUUUCCCCCUCCCAAAGCAAAGUUAAAACCGCCCACUCCCGCAAGAUUUGCAUUAUGUCCUGCGGGAUCCCAAUUCCAAUGCAGCCCUCUACCAUAUGUCACCCAACUACGAGCAAUGUUGUUCUCACUGGAACACGCUGCCUUCGAUUUUUAAUGAAUUAUACAAAAAAAAGGCAACUAUUUCUGCAAUUCUCACAUACUCCAGCAAGAAAAGGCCUAAAAACAUUCCAACAGUUUGGAAAAGCUGCAGUGCAAUCCUGGAGGGACUGCUUAUAGUGAGUUAUAAAACAUUUAUUAACCCACUUGUGCCGUUAUAAAAUGCUGAAAUCUGGUGACAAAGUGAUAUCUGGACUUAAAGUUAGUGAGUGGGUACAUGGGACUACAGUUUUUUCCUAAAAUGGUAGAAAAUGUCUUAAAAAUAAGCAAUAAAAAUGGAGGGAAUUUAAUUAUUUCAGUACACACGUGCAACGGGCUCCUAUCUAUAUAUUCUAUAUAGAUAAAAGUUGCACACAGCAGACAGCAGGUGAAAACAUCUGCUUGAGGAGCCAUUCUGCAUUAGUUUCAGUGGGUUUUAAUUGCCAGUGAAACUAAUGGAGGAAGUGUCCGUUUGCUUCUAUUAAACCUCAGAUGUUGCUUUUUUUUAGAUAA